UCCAAUCUCGAGGUUGUCAGCCGGAGACGGACCCGGACAGGGAAGGUGCAGGUGAUGUCACUGAGUGUGGCUAUCGGUAGCAGGAUGACAUUUGCCGAGCUCCUCCUUCCGUUCCUUAUUCUACACGCCUGUGAAGGAUCCAACCAGCCGCCACGUUUCCUGAACUACUUCUUCUCAACGUACCUUCUCAUCUACGAAGAUAUGCCUGUUGGUUCCUCAGUGGCACAACUGAAGGCAAGUGACCCUGAAGGGGAACCACUCAUGUAUGGGGUUUCAGGAGAAGAGGCAAUGCGGUAUUUUUCAGUGAACAAAGACACUGGUGUUGUGUGGCUUCGACAGCAGCUUGAUCGCGAGACCAAGUCAGAGAUGCAGGUUGAAUUUUAUGUGAGCGACAUUCAAGAGGUGGUCAAAGACACAGUCAACAUCCAAAUUGGAGAUGUGAAUGAUAAUGCACCAACCUUCCAUGGGCAGCCUUACACUGUCCACAUCCCAGAGAAUACACAAGUGGGCAAAUUGGUUUUUAUGGUCAACGCUACAGACCCCGACCAGGGCACUGGAGGCAGUGUGCUUUUCUCCUUCCAGCCACCUUCUCCCUUCUUCAGCAUCGAUGGAGCCAGAGGUACUGUUACUGUUGUCAAACCUCUGGAUUUUGAGGCUACCUCAGCCUACCAGCUCACUGUCAAUGCCACGGAUCAAGAUAAAACAAGACCCCUGUCUCGGCUUGCCAACCUAGCUAUCACCAUUACGGAUGUCCAGGACAUGGACCCCAUUUUCACCAAUCUUCCCUACAGUACCAACAUAGAGGAAGAUGUUCCAAUGGGUUACGAAGUGCGCAAGAUAACUGCCAUUGAUCAGGAUUUGGGACGACCGAGGGGGAUCGGCUACACCAUCAUCUCAGGGAACACCAACAGUGUUUUUUCCCUGGACUACAUCAGUGGUCGCCUGACAGUGAAUGGCCAGCUGGACAGAGAAAACCCACUCUACUCAGCAGGAUUCACUCUUACUGUCAAGGCCACCGAGCUGAAAGAAGAUCGCAGUCCAUCAGAAGCUACAGUCAGGACCACCUUCACCAUCCUGCUUAUUGACAAGAAUGACAAUGCCCCAAAGUUCAACAGUUCUGAGUACCGUGUCCGCAUCACCGAGCUUGCCCAGGUGGGCUUUGCGCUGCCCCUCUUCAUUCAGGCUGAAGACAAGGAUGAGGGGGUGAACAGCAUGUUCCAGGUGUUCCUCACAGGGAACAAUUCCGAAUACUUUACCAUCUCUCCCACGGCUGUACAAGGGCGUGCCGACAUCAGAAUGAGGGUCGCGAUGCCACUAGACUAUGAGCGAAUCCGCACCUACAGUUAUUCACUCUACGCCAAUGAGUCCAUAUCCGACCAUGUGGGAUUUGCCCGCAUUUUUAUUGACCUUAUCAAUGAGAAUGAUAACAGACCCAUCUUCAGCAAAUCUCUCUACAACAUCAGUCUCCCUGAAAAUACACCCAGCGGUACCUCACUGCUUCGUAUCCUGGCUACAGAUGGAGACCUUGGCACAUUUGGUAUUGUGCGUUACUACUUCAGCGAUGAGCCAGACCAGUUUUCCUUAAAUGCAGAGACAGGCUGGGUGAUUCUGCGGGCCAGUUUGGAUUAUGAGUUGAUGCGUCGCUUCACACUGACUGUGCUAGCGAGGGACGGAGGAGGGGAGGAGACCACCGGGAGGAUCCGAGUCAAUGUGCUCGACGUAAAUGACAACGCGCCACUCUUCCAGAAGGAGGUGUACGUCGGCUCUUUGAGAGAGAACGAACAGGCUGUCCAGCCUGUGGCCCGAGUCAGGGCAACAGAUGAGGAUUCGCCUCCCAACAACUUCAUCACAUACAGCAUCAUUUCAGCAUCUGCCUUCCCUGAUUACUUCAGUAUCAUCAUGGUGGAGGGCUAUGCAGUGAUCAGUGUAACCAGGCCUCUGGACUACGAAAAGGUUCCUAGUGGAAUGAUCCAUCUGACAGUGAUGGCCGAAGAUGGAGGAAACCCAGCGAUUAACAGUACUGUCGCCGUCACAGUGGAGGUUAUUGAUGAAAAUGACAACCCACCCGAGUUCAGCAAGCCAUCCUACAUUGUCAAGAUUCCAGAGAACAUUAACGCUGGAGCUACAGUGCUGGUGGUCAAUGCCACUGAUUUGGACGCCUCUCGAGAGUUUGGCCAGGCCUCACUCAUCUACUCCCUGGAGGGGUCCUCCCAGUUUCGACUUAACUCACGCUCUGGAGAAAUCACCACCACAGCCUUGCUGGAUCGAGAGCUAAAGUCAGAAUACAUCCUCAUCGUCAGAGCUGUAGAUGGAGGGGUGGGCCCGCAACAAAAGACUGGCAUUGCCACGGUGAACAUAACCAUCCUGGACAUUAAUGACAAUGCCCCCCAGUGGAAGGAUGAGCCAUACCAUGCCAAUGUGGUGGAGAUGAGCCCAAACAACACAGAUGUCAUCUCUGUUCUGGCACUGGACCCGGACAACGGGGAGAAUGGGACUGUGGUGUACAGUAUCAGCGCAGAAAACCCAUUCUACACCAUAAACAGUAACACUGGGAAGAUCCGCACCAGUGGGGUAACCCUGGACAGGGAAGGUUCUGACCCCAGGGCCACAAUGCUCAUGAGAGUAAUCAUCAUCUCUGCUGUUGACCGUGGUGCACCUUCCCUGCAUGCAUCAGCGAGCGCUACAGUAUUUGUCAACCUGCUUGAUCUCAACGACAACGACCCAGCCUUUGUCAACCUUCCAUUUGUGGCGGAAGUACCAGAGGGACUCCCCAUUGGUUCGUCAGUGUUUAAGGUUCAGGUUGAGGACCCUGAUCAGGAUAAGAAUGGUUUGAUUACGAUGACAUUGCAGAUGGGUAUGCCUCGCUUGGACUUUUACCUGAACACUUCCACUGGCAUUCUCACCUCAUCUGCAAUGCUCGAUCGGGAGCAGAUUGGACAGUACCAUUUGAGGAUUAUAGCAUUCGAUGCAGGAAAGUUCCCUCGCACUUCAACUUCAACUCUCACUAUCACCGUUCUGGAUGUAAAUGACGAGACGCCCACCUUCAACCCUCGUGUAUACAAUGUGUCCCUGAAGGAGAGCGUCCCUAGAGACCACAUUGUAACACGCCUCAGCUGCUCGGACAACGACGCCGGCCUCAACGCUGAACUUAGCUACUUCAUCACAGGUGGUAAUCAAGAUGGUAAAUUCAGUGUCGGCUUCAGAGACGGCAUUGUUCGGACAGUGGUUGGCCUCGACAGAGAAACCCAGGCAGUGUACACAAUGGUCAUAGAAGCUAUAGAUAAUGGUCCAGCGGGCAGCAGGAGGACAGGCACAGCCACUGUGUUUGUUAAAGUUCAGGAUGUUAAUGACAACAGACCCAUCUUCCUCCAAAACAGCUAUGAGACCAGCAUACUGGAGACUGUACCGAAGGGAGCCAGCAUCCUUCAGGUACAAGCUACAGAUGCAGACCAAGGGGAGAAUGGGCUCGUCCUCUACAGGAUCGUCACUGGUAACAGUCACAAACUAUUCAGCAUUGACAAACAAACAGGGCUCCUGACCAGAGGCCUCCGUGCUUUGGACAGAGAGACAAGCAGCUCUCAUCUUUUAGAAGUGGAAGCCUACAACAGUGAUGAGGGAAGCAUGAGGAGCUCUGUGAGGGUGAUUGUGUAUGUGGACGAUACCAACGAUGAGGUGCCAGUAUUUACCCAGCAACAGUACAACCGCCUUGGCCUUAGGGAGACUGCUGGUGUUGGCACAUCGGUGAUAGUGGUUCGUGCCACAGACCCUGACACGGGCGAUGGUGGAGCAGUAGCUUAUGCCCUUGUGUCCGGCUCUGAUCACAAGUUUGAAGUGGACGUCAGCACAGGCCUGGUAACCACAGUGGACUACCUGGACUAUGAGACAAAGACCACCUAUCUGAUGAACAUCUCAGCUACUGACCAGUCCCCACCUUUCCACCAAGGCUUCUGCACGGUUUAUGUCACUUUACUCAAUGAACUGGAUGAGGCGGUGGCCUUCUUCUCAGCCGGUUAUGAGGCGUCCCUACGUGAGAAUAUUGCCACGGGAACAGAGGUGGUUCAGGUGCAGGCCCAGUCUGCUGACAACUUGAACCAGCUGACUUAUAGAUUCGAUCCUGAUACAUCACCUGCGGCUCUGGCCCUCUUCAGGAUAGAUAGCGUCACGGGCCGGAUCACAGUUACAGGCCUGCUGGACAGAGAGAAGGGAGACAUGUACACCCUGACUGUCGUAGCUGAUGAUGGAGGACCAAAAAGAGAUUCAACUGUGGUGUCGAUCACCAUACUUGAUGAGAAUGACAAUAGUCCAGAGUUUGAUAUCACAUCUGACGCUUCAGUGGACAUUCGGGAAAACACCCCCAUGGGAAAGAAAGUGGCUGUAGUUCUGGGAAGAGAUCGAGAUGCACGACUGAAUGGACUGGUCAACUUUAUCUUAGUCGCAGGCAAUAUGGAAGAUGUGUUUAAGAUCAAGACAGUGAACCACACCUAUGGGGAGGUCUAUGUCAAUGCUGCUCUGGACAGAGAGUCUGUGGAUCGCUACCUGCUAAAGGUGCGUGCCGUAGACAAUGGGUCACCUCCCCGACACACAGACCACUCCCUCACCAUCAAUAUCCUCGAUGUCAAUGACAAUGCACCUAUCGUUGAGAGUCCGAGGGGCUACAAUGUCAGCAUAAGCGAGAAUGUUGGAGGAGGCACUUCAGUUCUGCGUGUGAUGGCUACCGACUGGGACACGGGCCCUAACGCCAUGCUGUUUUAUUACAUCACCGCCGGAAACCAAGACCUGACCUUCCGCAUGGACCGCAUGACAGGGGAGAUGGUGACACGGCCCGCCCCUCCUGAUCGAGAGCGUCAACAGGAGUACAGACUUAUUGUGACUGUGGAGGAUGAUGGCACACCUCCUCUGUCGACCUCCACCACCAUCAACAUUCGCAUUGUGGAUGAAAAUGACAACGCUCCUGAAUUUCCAGAGGAGGAGUAUGUCACUGUGCUGAGCGAGGGCCCUGACACAGUGGGGGCUACCAUCGCUACGGUAACAGCCAUCGACCCGGAUGAGGAUCUGAAUGGCACCUUGCGAUACGCCAUCACUCAUGGCAACCUAAUCCAAACUUUUCACAUCAACAGCAUUACGGGGAGGAUUACAGCUGUGAAGGAGCUCGACUUUGAGAUCAGCAAUGGACACUAUGCUCUGGUGGUCACAGCGACAGAUCAAAGUCCAAAUCCUGCCCAUCGUUUGACAUCCAGCACAACAGUGCUUGUGAACGUCCUAGAUGUGAAUGACGUGACACCCGCUUUCCCCAGAGCCUAUGAGGGGCCCUUUGAGGUGACUGAGGGCCAGCCAGGUCCUCGGGUCUGGACACUCAGAGCCAGUGAUGAAGACUCAGGGCUGAAUGGAAAAGUGGAGUACAGCAUCACUGGUGGAGAUAAUCAAAAUGAGUUCAUGGUUUCUCCCGUGGAGGGUGAACUUCGAGUGAGGAAGGAUGUUGAGUUGGAUCGAGAGACCACUGCCUUUUACAACAUCACUGUCACAGCCAGAGACCUGGGCAUGCCAUCGCGCAACAGCUCGGUUGUAGUGGGGGUCCAUGUUCGAGACAUCAAUGACAACGACCCUAUCCUCCUAAACCUGCCUUACAACACGAGUGUGAGUGAGGGUGCCUCGAUACAUACAUCUGUGGCACGAGUCCGAGCGAGAGAUGCAGAUAGUGGGCGCAAUGCAUUGCUCUCCUAUAACAUCACUGCUGGCAACCGGGAUGGAGCAUUCUACAUCAAUGACACAUCAGGUGUGGUGCGGGUGAACAGACCACUAGACAGAGAGCGAGUGCCUGAGUACAGACUCACUAUCACUGUCAAAGAUAACCCUGACAACCCUCGCAUCGCUCGGAGGGAUUCAGACCUCCUGGUCAUAACCGUACUGGAUGAGAAUGACAACAGACCUGUAUUUACCAGAAACAGUUACAGGGCUGAGAUUACAGAGAACCCUGCAGCAGGCAUUACUGUAACAGUGUUGAAUGGGCCCGUUCUGGCUGUAGAUAAAGAUAUUGGACCCAAUGCUGUCGUGAAGUAUCGUCUGCUGGGAGCCAGGGUGGACCUUUUCACUGUGGAUGCUAACACUGGAGUUGUUCGCGUGCAACCGGGAGCCAAGUUGGACCGCGAGGCGUUUCAGGAGCCUCGGAUAGAGUUGGUCCUAGUUGGGGAGGACAUUGGGGGAUUAAACAGCAGUGUUCCUCUCACAGUGACAAUCCUGGACCAGAAUGACAACCCACCUGUUUUCAGUCCUUCCAGUUUCAGUGUGCGACUCCCAGAGAAUAGCCCCACUGGUGUGGUGGUGACCCAGCUGUCUGCCAUCGACGCUGACUCCGGCUCGAAUGGCUGGCUCAUGUACCGCUUGGUAAGCGGUGCUCAAGAUCGCUUUGUUGUUGACGCUCUCUCCGGUGCCGUUCUAGUCGGCAACACCACCCUGGAUAGGGAAGAGCGUGGGUCCUACCGCCUCGUUGUCAUGGCAACCGACCGUGGCACACCACCCACGUCUGGCACGGCCACUCUAAUGGUCAUCCUUGAUGACAUCAAUGAUUCGCGACCUCGUUUUAUAGAACCUCUAACCAUGAUUAAUGUCAACGAGUCCACGCCGCCUGGGGUGGUGGUCGCCACUUUGACAGCUGAGGACCCCGACCUGCAUCCCCGUCUGGAGUAUUAUAUCAUCUCAGUGGAAGCAAAGGAUGAUGGGAAUAACCCUGUAGACGGCCUGCAGGAGUCCUUUGGCAUUGAUUUGCACACUGGUGCAGUAUUUGUACGCAACCCACUCAACAGAGAACAGGUAGCUACUUUCGAGAUUAUCGUGUCCGUCCAUGACAACGCCAGUGAGGUUAUUGACAAGUCUGGCAGUGUCCCAAACGCGAGACUCACGAUCAACGUUUUGGAUGUAAAUGACAACGCUCCUCGUUUCCGGCCCUUCGGAGUGACCAAUUUCACAGAGAAGAUCUUGGAGGGAGCGCAGCCAGGCACAACACUGCUCUCUGUGUCAGCUGUGGACCCGGAUAAAGGCCCCAAUGGCCAGGUCAUCUAUCAGCUGCUCCACUUGCCACGAGGAGGCUACGUCAGACUGGAGGAUCAUUCCACUGGUAAGAUUGUGGCCAACCAGACAGUGGAUUUUGAACAAGUGCAAUGGCUUAAUUUCACUAUUCGGGCAAGGGACCAUGGAAGUCCUCCUCGGAUUGCUGAAUUGCCUGUUUUUCUACGCAUAGUGGAUGUCAAUGACAACAAUCCAGUCUUCCUACAACCGUCAUAUCAGGAGCCUGUUUUUGAAAAUGUGAACCUCGGCACAACCAUAGUUCGUGUCAGUGCAACAGAUGCCGAUUCAGGUCUCUUUGCUGUUGUUGAGUACAGCUUAGUAGACGGGGAGGGCAAAUUUGGCAUCAAACCAACCACUGGAGAAAUCUACAUCCUCUCUCCCUUGGACAGAGAGACAAAAGACCACUACACUCUAACUGCCAUCGCCCGUGAUAACCCUGGUGGUAGUUCUAACAACAGGCGAGAGAAUUCUGUCCAGGUCCUCGUGACAAUUCUCGAUGUCAACGAUUAUCGGCCACAUUUCUCUGAGCGAGUAUUCACCACCAGCGUGUUUGAGAACGAGCCCAGUGGAACAUCAGUGAUCACAGUGAAGGCUUCUGACCUGGAUGAAGGCGAGAACGGUGCAGUACUCUACAGCCUGCUGGGAGCACAUUCAGAUGCUUUCUCCCUGGAUCCAAACACAGGUCUUGUGCGUUCUCGCCGUCUGCUUCAGUCAUCUGAGAGCUUCAAUCUGACUGUGGUGGCCACAGACCAGGGGCGUCCCCCCCUGUGGACAACCGCGGACCUCAUCAUCACAGUGAUAGACGUCAAUGACAACCGACCUGUAUUUGUCAGACCAGCCAAUGGAACCAUCAUCCAUAUCUCAGAGGAGCAGCCUCCGGGCCUGCCAGUGUAUGAAGUUCACGCAACCGACUCCGAUGAGGGCGUGAACGGAGAGGUGCGCUACGGCUUCCUGCAGACUGGAGCGGGCAACAGAGACUGGGAAAACUUCCAUAUCGAUGCCACAUCUGGAGUCAUUACAACUACAGUCAAACUGGACAGAGAGAAGCAGUCCCUCCACAGUCUUAUCAUUGUGGCCCGUGACAUGGGCCAGCCAGUGCCUUAUGAAACCACGCGACCUCUGCAGGUUGCGCUUUUGGAUAUUGAUGACAAUGAGCCAGUCUUUCUCAAACCACCACGUGGCAGCUUGCCUUACCAGAAGCUGUCCGUGCCCGAGCACUCCCCACCUGGGACUGUGGUGGGGAACGUGACCAGAGCUGUGGAUGCUGAUGAAGGCUCCAAUGCCAUUGUUUACUACUUUAUUGCAGGGGGAAACAGCGAUGGAAACUUUGGCUUGGGUCUAGACGGAGAGCUAAACCUGUAUAGGGAACUGGAUCGUGAAGAGAAUCCAGUCUAUUCCAUCAUCAUCAAGGCCUCUAGUAACAAGAGCUGGAGUCCUUCAAGGGGUCAAAGGGCUUCACGGGCCAAAGCCUUGGAUCCUGCCCGAGACCCCAGCCUGCUGGAGGUGCGGAUUGAACUGGAAGACAUCAAUGACCAGAAACCGCGAUUUGCCAAGGCAGAGUACACUGCAGGGGUGGCUGCCAAUGCCAAAGUGGGCUCAGAGCUCAUUAAAGUUGUGGCAAUAGAUAAUGACAUCGGUAACAACAGCUUGGUGCAGUAUCACAUUGUUACCAUUCGUUACUUCCCGUCUCAGAGCAACGGCAGCGAGGAUGUUGGGAGCAUUUUCAUUAUAGGUUUAACAGAUGGUAUCAUUCGCACAUAUGACCUCUUCACGGCUUAUAAUCCUGGAUAUUUUCAACUAGAGAUUUUGGCAUGCGACCUGGCAGGACAUAGCACCACCACUAACGUCAAUAUCUACAUCCUGCGGGACGACCAGAGGGUCAAAAUAGUCUUCAAUGAGAUCCCUGAUUCGGUCCGUGAAAACCAAGAUGAUUUCAUUAACUUGCUAUCCAACAUCACUGGAGCUAUUGUCAACCUGGAUGACAUACAGUUUCACGUGGACAAGAAGGGCAGGGUGAACUAUGCCCAGACUGACAUGCUGGUCCACGUAGUCAACAAUCAAAGCAACACCAUCCAAGAUGUUGACAGAGUCAUCCAGUUGAUCGAUGAAAACAAGGAGCAGCUGAGAAAUUUGUUUAGGAAAUACAGCGUGGUGGAUGUUCAGCCCGCCGUCAGUGACAAGCUGGCUGAUGACAUCACGACACUACAGCUGGUCAUUAUUAUUCUGGCUGUGCUGCUCUGCCUGGCUGGGAUAUUGUUUGUCUCAAUGAACUGGCAUUAUCGCAGAGUGCAUCAGAGGAAGCUCAAAGCUAUCGUUGCAGGAUCAACAGGGAACCAGGGUUUGAUGGACAUUCUGGACAUGCCCAACACCAACAAGUACUCUUUUGAGGGAGCCAAUCCGGUGUGGCUCGAUCCGUUCUGUCACAACCUGGAGCUGGCUGCUCAGGCAGACCAUGAGGACGACCUGCCUGAGAACCUGAGUGAGAUAACGGACCUGUGGAAUAGCCCUGCACGCACUCAUGGAACAUUUGGUCGUGAGCCUCAAGCGAAGCCUGAUGAUGAUCGUUACUUGAGAGCAGCGAUUCAGGAGUACGACAAUAUUGCUAAACUGGGCCAGAUCAUGAGGGAAGGGCCUAUCAAGGGUUCCCUGCUCAAGGUGGUCCUGGACGAUUACCUGAGACUGAAAAAACUAUUUGCAGCCAGACUCGUCACUGUAUCCACCAGCCAGGAAGAAAACUCAUCAGUCACUGAGCUGAUCCAGAGUGAUUUGGAUGAUGACGAGGAUGAGCGCAUGAGCAUGGGCGGAGGUCGCGGCACUCUCCGCUUCAAACACAAGCUUCCCAUGGAGUUGAAGGGGCCGGAAGGUGUGCACGUGGUCCACGGCAGCACAGGUACCCUGCUCACCUCCGACCUCAACAGCCUGCCGGAGGAUGACCAGCGGGCUCUGGCGCGAUCUCUAGAGGCUCUAAACGCUGACGGGGGGCUUUACUCUGAGCGCAACGCCCGCACAGAGUCGGCCAAGUCGACUCCGAUGCAUCGUCACAAGGACGGCGAGCUACGGGAGAGCCCUUUGGAAAUUACUGAGUUAUGACUAGCCGAGGCCUCGCUGGUCUGAGCCCAACCAUGACUCAAGUGUGUGCGUGUGCUUGUGUCUCCACACCACCACCCUGACCCUGUUGGGAAGGUACGGGGAAGAUCCGAGAAGGACCAGAGUGUGAGCGUGCUAGUCCACAGCCCACAUGGGCCGAAAACUCAUAACUAGAUAGGUUUAGGUGGAUGGUGAGCCUGCUUAAAAAGUUUUUUUUUCCCCUUUUUCAAAAUAAAAAUGAUCAGCAGGGCGCAGCAAGAACAAAACUAACAGGAGUCAUCAAGUUUCAUCCAAAGAACAGAAGGGACAUGCAGGACAAGAAUUCCUAUGGCAGAGACUGUAGAAGCAGAGGGUGCUGCAUCCUCACUUGUUCUGCUGAAGGUUUACUCGGACUGCAUUCACUCACACAAACACACACACACACUCAGCUUCACACACAUUCAGACCAGCAAAUGGCCUUCAAUGGGACACUGAUUAUUCCAACUCCUUUUCAUAUUUUGAGUUAAUUUGCAAGUGUAAAAACAGUGUCUGUGGAGUAAAGAUGAAAUAUGAAGAUCUUUAUUUUAGUAAUGACAGGAAAGUACUGAUGCAGUGCGACCGCAACGCCUCACAUAACCUUGAUGCUUGACAAAUUAAACUUUCCAUCUGCACUGUGGAAAUUGUUGGAUCAAAAAUAAAAGGCAGCCACAACUGACCAAGCAGGAACAUGCUUGUCCAUCUUUUCCUGGUGAGCAUAUUGUGAAUUUGUGGUUUAAAUGGAGACACCUAACUGAUGACAAGAACACCUCAAUGGAUUAUUCAAAAUGGUUGAUUUUGGAGCAAAAAUGAGAACUUUCAGCCCUCAAACAAAUUGGAUGAAAAAUAUAUUAGCCGUUGUAUUUUAUUGAUAGGAAAAUGGCAACUUGCCCACCAAGACGUUACACUGCCACCUGAGGGUACUUAAAGAGUCAUGCUCAAAUCAAGCAAUUUUUUUUUAUUUCAAAAUUAGUAUUGGAAUUAUGAUAUUUUUAAAUUCAAAUGCCUGCUUACUGCAACAGGAAGGUCAUUUUCGUAUUUGGAUGUCUGUGGGUGUACGUGUAACUUGUGCAAUGGUGUUUUUCUGAUGAGUGGUGUGUUUUCAAGGUUAAUUUUUAUAUAUGCAUUUUUGUAUGUUUUUAUUUCUUUGUCGUUACUCUUACCAGCCCUGAGAUCUGUGAUAGUAAAAGAAAUAUCCAACCAUCUGUCACAGUCUUAGUAGGGUGACUGGAAAGUGGUUUGUUGUUGAUAAAAAUGUUGGACAAUUAUAGUGAAUCAACCUGAACAAGGCGGGUUCUUACACGACAAAUUUUUAUAUUACAGUAUUGUUAAAGAAGUGGUGCAAAAUUGGCCAGCUGUGGCACACUCUGGAAAACAUUGCCAUCUAGUGGUUGUAGACAAUAAACGUAAAAUGAGUUUGUAAGCCCAUUGAUUUAUUGUUUCCAAGUUAUAUAGAAAAGUCAUCAAUUACAGAUUUCAAGAAACCUGGCAGCAGUAGGCAAAGACUCAAUGCUGAGUUCUCAUCCCUGUUAAGGAUCACAUUCAUCGGCUCGUGGCGCUCCCAGAUGUGGCCGUGGUGCUGCUUGCUGGUGUCUUCUUCAGUGUCCGAUUCAGCUGUGGAGACGGGAGAGAAUUUGAGUCA